AUGCCGACCUCAACCCCACCAACGCCAACACCAGAACUGAAGAAAAAGCCCAGUUUCCGGGAUCGAUUAAGAGCAUGGCAGAAAUCACCGCCGCGGACGCUGGAAAUCGUCACAGAGGAAGCCAAGCCGCGGUUUGUGUAUGAACCGACCCAUGCUGCCGCCGACUUUUCGCGGCUAGCCGUAUCACCACAGAAUCCAUCCCGGCACCGGUCUGCGACGACACAGACUUGGCCGAGGAGCAAGCCGAGCGGGUCCCAAAAGGUGCCAAUACAGGCCGACGACAAAGGCGAGAGUGAGCCGACCGCACGAGCUUCCCAAUCGGGGACAAAUAGUCGCUCACAUACGUUAACCGAAGGCCGUUCCCGAGGCGCGACGAUCGAGACAACUAUUCCAACAAGCAAUCCGUCAAUACCACAAUCAGCGGUGGCUCCCAGCCGAGUCCCAGAGUUGAGAGAGUCGCCAUCGACGCAACAGCCGCAGUCGGACUAUGAGUUGUUCAUAGCACGGGCGGAAGCGGAAGAACGGGAGCGACGCAAGCUGGCCUUCCACGGGAUCCCGCAACGGGGCCGGGGAUACACGGCGGCAAAUGCGGAGCGGCUCGGGUUGUACCCGCAGCGUCCGGUGCCCGUACCGAUCACAGCUUCUUCGCCGGUCCGGGAAACGCCUGGAAGAGUCAGCCAACAGCCGGAUCAAACCCGUUCCAAUAGAACCACCCGCAUACGAGGCACGGAAGAAAAACCGCCGGGCCAUGACAAGCACCAAGACGGUCGUGGUGGUUACGGCCGACAAUCUAGCCGGAUGCCGGGCCAUAUCACGGCCGGAACCGGUAGCGCUGCAGUCGAUGUGUCGAACACAGAAAUACCGACUGCGCGACCGGUCGUGACGUCGGGUCUCGGGGAUGCUCGGAAAGGCCGGGAGCUCCCACAGCGUACAUUGCGCCGACAAGCCAGUCUGACGAAGCGAAUCACGCAGUACAUUCGGCCGGCGAAAACGGCAGCAGAGCGUGCGCGUGAGACGCUGGUCGAGUGA